GCCUGCCCGGCCCCGACAUGGCGGCGGCCGGCGGGGCGCGGGGCCGCACCAGCUUCCAGCGCAGGCCCGGGGCCGGCCCGCGGCCGCCCGCCCUGCCGGGCACUCGGCCCUCGGUGCGCCACGGGCAGCUGCUGCUCUCCAGCGGGCUGCCCUCCCUGGACUGUGUGCUAGGUGGAGGCGUAGCUGUUGGAACCCUUCUUCUUAUUGAGGAGGAUAAAUAUGGCCUUUACUCCAAUUUGUUGUUCAAGUAUUUUCUCGCAGAGGGAAUUGUCUGUGGACAUGAGCUGUUUGUUGCUUCUGCCAAAGAGCAUCCCGACAACAUUUUGAAGGAACUUCCAGCCCCUUUGCUUGAUGAUUCCUACAGGAAGGAACUGGGAGAUGAAGCAGCAGCUGUGAAGUCUGAAGAUUUUCAGGAUUCUAUGAAAAUAGCCUGGCGCUACCAAAAUUUACCAAAAAUGGAGACCAGCCCAACAACAUAUACAAAGUUUGGCCAUUAUUAUGAUGUUUCUAAGAAAAUGUCUCCAGAACUGUGUCAGUCUGUAAAAUGGCACAGUUUUUACCUCCAUGAAGAAUUGCCUUUCGAGCCUAAAAUGAAAACAUGGAAUAUGAACAGUGGUUAUGCAAGGCUGCUUCAGUCCAUUCAGAGGAUCAUUUCCCAGGAGGGCUUUGAUGGCUCUGAUCCCCAGAAAAAACAAAGGAAUGUUUUGAGGAUAGGAAUUCAGAGCCUGGGUUCCGUACUGUGGGGUGAUGAUGUUUGUUGCAGUGAUGCUCCUGAGGAUCCUCAGAGCCUGACCAAAUUCCUGUAUGUUCUGCGUGGCCUGCUCAGGAAAUCCCUGUCAGCCUGCAUCAUCACAGUGCCUGCUCACCUCAUCCAGAAUAAAGCAAUUAUGGAACGUGUAACAAACUUGUCAGAUAUGGUGGUUGGUCUUGAAUCAUUUAUUGGCUCGGAGAGAGAAACCAAUCCAUUGUACAAGGAUUACCACGGUUUGGUUCAUGUGCAUCAGAUUCCUCAGCUUAAUAGCUUGAUCUGUGAUGUGUCAGACACGAAGGACCUUGCUUUUAGAUUAAAAAGGAAGCAGUUCACCAUCGAGGUGUGCAUUGUACCUGAACCUUAUUGCCAUGCCCUCAAGUUCAGGGCUCUUAGGAAAAGGGAUGAGAGGAGGAUGGUUUUCCAUGUCCAAGAUGUGCACCCAUCUGGAUCUCCUUGGCUCAGUGCAGUUUGCUCUGGUUUUAAUUAUGAUCUUUGGGUAGGAAGUGACUCAAAGUACUCUCUGAACGAGGAAACUGGAAGAUAGCCCUACCUAAUACUAACCCUAAAGGGUUAAAAUGACAUUUUGUAGGGAAACAGAUCAAUGCUGCCAAACAUUUGCUGUGACUAGUAACACACUUAAAUUUCCAAUGUUUUAUUGUAACUCUGGAAAUUCAAGAUUAAGUGUCAACUUUUCCAGUCUUUUGAAAAUAUUAAUGGUUUUGGGGGAACAUAAAUCUGUAAGGAAAUCACAAAUUUAUAGUUUCUUUAAAUUUUUCACUUCUACAGAAAUUGUUUCAUACCAUUUUUCUGAUCGAUUUCUUUCACUGGUUCACAAAAAGUAUUACCCUUUAUUGAGCUGUUAACAUACAGGAACAUGGGUUUUUAAAUUAUUUUUAUUGAGAGCAAACUAGUCAUUAGUCUUCUUUCAUGAAUUCUGAAAGAAUUCAUGAAAGUGCCAAAAAGAGAGAAGAGGAAAAAAAUAAACAUACACUGCAAAGUACUGUAGCUGAAGAAAAAAUGUUCUAAAACUGUUGUGCAAAUACUACUUUCUGCUUUGGCUAAAUUAGGGGGUAUUAGCUAUAACUAAAUUCCAGAGUACAUUUUAUUCUUACAUUUCUGGCCAAGAGAAUUGUGCAAAAAGUAGAUUGUCAUAAGCAAAAUGGGUGAGGACUACAGUGCCCAAAGUGUAAGUAAAUUAGGUUUUGGUCAUGCCAUCUUUAUUGCUCUCUUUCUCACAGUUGUUCUAGUUACACGGUUUUGAUAUUUUUUUGUAUUUGAUUUUUCUCAGUUAUAUUUCAUAGGGUUUUCAAAGGAUUCUGUAUCACACAUAAUGUAAUUUAAAGUUUCUCAUUGCAUGUUGAAAACCAAUAGCUUUUGAAAUAUCGAGCGAAGCUGUCUCCUAGAAGGAAAACAUUAUUUAUUGCAGUUAAAGUGGUGUUUCUGGCCAGCUUAACAUUGACACCAUAUUAUUCCCCCUCAGAAUGAAUUAUAUUACUGAAUUAACUGUUCUGUUUCCUCCUUCCUUCUGAAGAAAGUAAGCAAUAAUUGUAUAGUGUACAAUAAUUAAAGCUUUUUAUUGCUGUCCAUAAAUGCAGACAUAAAUAAAGGGAAUUUGGCUGCCAACUUACACCAAUCAUAGGCUGCUUGACUUUCAGAAAACAGCUGGUAGCACUUGCUGAAAGUAGUUCAUUUUAAAUGCCUCAUUUCAGGUAUUUAAGGUUUGAAAAACCUGGUUUUAGCUUAUGAAAACACAGUCUAUGGGCUUUUCAUCUACUUUUCUCCUGUUUGAAGUCUGUUAUAGGAAAAAUUACUUAAGAAUUCACUCUGGUGUUGUAAGUUCGCGUUUACAAAACAGUUGCUAAAUGGACUUACUUUUUUUCUCAUAUUAAACCAGUAAUCUUUGGGUAGUGUGUUUGCUUGAGCCUUGUUGAACAGUAAAAGCAGAAAACAAAGAUAACCAACCAGUUUGCCACUUUUCAGUGGAAGUGUGUGAGUACUGCACAAGAGAAAUCCACUUCACCCUGCGUCCAAAGCAGCACCUGCUAUUCUCAAAAUAACCUGGUGGGUCAAUAUUUAAGGUUUUGAGAUCUUUAGUAAUCUUUGCUAAGGCGCUGGACCUCUCUUUUUCUGGGAAGGACAGGAUUGUGUGGCCCACAUGUGAACAUUUCAGGAUUUAGCCAUGGGAGCUGAGUUUUGAGGGGGUUUCUGAAGUUUCUGUGAUACACCUGAGAUAUCUGCCAGGCUUUUGAUAAGUUGUGAGCAAAACAAUCCCCAAGUUUAGGGAGGAGCUGCUCAGUGACUGCCUCACCCAGGCUGGCUCCUGGCUCUCCAGAUGGAGCAGGGAGGAACUGGAGGUCAGGGGUGACCUUGUCAUUCUCUCCAGCUCCUGAAGGGUGGCUGUGGCCAGGUGGGGUCGGUCUCUUUCUCCAAGCAGCUGCUGACAGACUGAGAGGACACCAAGAGCUGCACCAAGGAAAAUAUAGCUUGGAUAUAAGGAAAAAGUUUUUCAUAGAAAGACUGAUAAAGUUCUGGAAUGUUCUGCCCGGGGAGGUGGUGGAGUCACCGUCCCUGGGUGUGUUUAACAAAGCCUGGCUGUGGCACUGGGUGCCAGGGUCUGGCUGAGGUGUUGGGGCUGGGUUGGGCUUGAUGAUCUUGAAGGUCUCUUCCAACCCAGCCAUGCUGUGAAUUCUGUGAUUCUGUGCAGUUGGUGGUACUUGGGUCUGGGAGAGUUCUCAGCUGAGGAUUGCUGUCCCAGGAUAGCUCAGGGUUUAGGCAUUCCCCCUUAGCUGCUUUCAUCUGUGAGCCAACACACAAGCAGAUGAACAAGAGCAGACCAAGGCAAGCCUGCUCGUGGAUGUAACCCCAGCUUGGGUAUCCAAUGUGUGAUGUACAGGAUGAACACAUCCCUGGCCUCUGGAGGUGCCAGAUGUUACAGCUGAGCAGCAUUUUCUUUCUGUUUCUCUAUUAUGUGUGGUUAUCCAUUGGUUUCAUCUCUUCUCUCGUGGAUUUAUUAGGGAUUGAGUCAUGUUUUGCUUGAUUGAUAAACCCUGCAGUCUCUGGAGAUUGAGAUGUCUCAGGUCUGCAAUCUAAAGCCCCUGAAAGCAGCGUGGUAAACUUGCUAAUCAACACUUCUCACCUUUUGGUGUGAGGCUUUAUAAUUCUGGGCACGUUGCAGGUUUCCUCUACUGCCUCAAAUGCACUUUUUCUACCAGAGAGUAGUAUGGCAGUAUUACAUCAGCUUUUUUUUUUU